AUGGGCAUUCUUGCAGACCGUGUCGGGCGGCAGAACACCAUGGUGCUGAGUGUGAUCUUAUCAGGCGUGUCCGUCAUGGCACUGUGGUACGACUCGUCGCCUUCGCGGUUCCUCGCCUUCAUCAUCUUCUACGGCGUCUUAGCAGGGGGAUACAACGCCCUCCUGCCAAACACUAUCGCCGAAGUCUACGGUGUCCAGAACUAUGCCAGCGUUAAUGGGUUUAUUUAUUUCAUCCGCGGCAUGGGUGCAAUUUUUGGCGCACCGAUUGCGGGUUUAAUUCUCGGCAGCCACCAGCGGGGGACCUCCUACGGUUCUGGUAUGCUGGCUGCCAGACUGGAGGCUUUGAAGUCGCGCUACAACGAUAUUGCUGUAUUCGCUGGGAUUCUCCUCCUAGCUUCAGGCGCGUGCGUGGCAUACGUGAGAUGGCUGGAUGCUCGGGACAAGGGCGCUUGGGCCUGGAGAGCGUAG